AUGUUACAAUGGAUGAAGGCCGUUACUGGUUCCGAUUUGGACGAAGGUGAAGUUAGCUCAACUAUCUCUCUUUAUGAGCCAAAUGUUUUUUGUGUCUGGUCUCUUGUCACAUAUUUUCUUUCCGUGGGACGUCGAUGCUUAGAGUUCGCACAAUAUGGUGGAGGCAGUUUGUUUCUACAAUCUGCUUAUGUUAGUUAUCAAUUUUCGCAAAUGUCACUUAUUACCGUGCAUUCUGUUUGGUGUUUACCUACCACAUUCAGCUACUUCCAUGAGGACGAUGAAGCUGAUGAUGAUGACAGUGAGGAAGGUGAUGGGGAGGUUGAAGACGACACCUCCUCUGAUGAAGAAGAGGAAGAAAGUUUGCAUGAAGCAGAGGAUAAUGACAGUCAUUCUGAUGAGAUGGAGGCUGCAACGUGA